AUGAGCAGGACCAUCGAUGGUCUUCGGGAUGAGAAGACAGGCUUGCUUAGAAAGUGUUUCCAACUUGAACGUGAACUAACGCAAAUCAAAAUGGAAAUGGAGAAGGCACGAGAAUGUGACGAAUGUCGGCAACGUCAUUCUGGUCCGUUGUCCAGGCGAACACAAGAAUCCUCUGAUACAUUGUUGCGUGGCGAAGUUGCCAGUUUACGCGACGAAGUCGCAACGCUCAAAGAAGCUCUCACAGCUCAAAUGCAGGUGUUCACCGACGAAAGAAAAAAAUGGGAUCAUGAGGUGAGAGCUAUUCCUGGUAUACUUGUCUGA